GCUUUGGUGGAACCGUAUUUUUAAAAUCAUUAUAAUGUCUGUAAAAGCUUUAAAUGCAAGACGAGCAGGACAUGUUUUAUGAUAAUAAAAGUCACUUUUAUGCAUUAGUUGCAUUUGUGCAUUUUUCAGUGUUGUUGCAUCGGCCAUUAAACAUCGUUAGGUGAAAAAAAGCAGCAAGGAGGCGGGAUUUGAUGGAAGUGGGAGCUCAGCUGACCAGUUAGACCCAAACCAGGCCCACGACCGGCACUGCAAAGGCGCUGAUCUGACGCAGCUGAGUGCAGCGUAAUCCUACACGCCGAUGUGAAGCCAUUUAUAAAAGCCUUAGCUGUUUUUAGCCGUGCGAGUGACACAGUGCGGAGGGUGACAUGCAUGCAGAGCGAAAAUGUUGCUCAGUCUCCGUGUUGCACCGUGAUUAAGUAACAUGUCUCUUCCUGACUACGUGCCGCCGCGUCCUUAACCGGCCAUGACAAUGAUUGGUUCUGUGUUGUUGUUUUUUCUGCAGCUACGAAUCUUGCGGGAUUUUUUGUAAGAUGUAGUUAAACCGCUUGGCGAAUGUUACUCGGACUAUGUUUCUACAUUUUUACCCAACCCACGUCCCAAGGCCCGCUGGGGCUUAGUGCUGGCUGCCUAGAUGCUGCUACCAACUAAAAAUUUUCCACAAACAAACUGUCAUGGACAACUUAAUACAGUCGGCCGGUGACGGUGCUGACAGAAGUUAUUUUCCAAAUGGAAGGAUCGCUCCAUUUUCGUGCUUGGCUCCGGUCCCGUUUGUCUAAGGUUUUUCUAUGAUCCAGUCAGUCUAUGCUCAGUUAGAUUCGGUGGAAUCGCUGUUCAACGACUUUCCAUAUAUGUUUUAUCUCGGCCUGUUUUUCGUGAACGUCUUAAUCCUCUACUACGCCUUUCUCAUGGAGUACAUAGUCCUCAAUGUUGGCAUCGUCUUCCUGCCAGAGGAUAUGGACCAAGCUUUGGUGGACCUGGGCGUGCUUUCCGACCCCGGCUCGGUGCCCUACGACACCGACACGGAGCUUGAUGUGUUUGAGGGGUACCUGGAGUGACCAUCGGCGAGCCCCGCCGGGACCGAUAAGUGCGCUGGAGAACGUGACCGGGUUCUGCCAUGAGCGGGCCGGUGGCUGGGAAGGUUACUGCGGCGUCUCAGUGUGCGCCGUGCUGGUGCCGUGAUGAUUCAGCACGAAGAGGUGAACUCAAGUCGAUGGACUGCUGAUUUGAAGUCCAGCUUACGUCACGUGCUUUCUCCAGUUGCCUUGGAAACGCACCCUAGAUGGACAGCAUGGCCACUAAAACUUCCUAGAGGCUGAACACGCAAAGCAAUACUAACUUAAUCACUGACACAAGGAGAGCAGUUGUUUUCUUCGGUCUGUGUAUUAACUUAUUUUGUAGCAAGUAUAAUGAAUGUGCAUCUCCGCUGGGCUUAUAUUUGAGCCGGGAAUCUGAUGUUAUGCAUCAAAAGUAAAGACGGGGGGGUAUGGGGUGUUUCAGGACAAUGGGGAAAGCUAUAUUUUUGAUGGGUUAAGAUUCUGUCUUAAUCUGAAAAUGACGCUAUACUGAGCAUGCAAAUUAUGCUAGUUUAUUUUAAGCAUCCACAGUGUGAUAUACUACCCUUUGCACUGAUGGUGGGAUCUUGUCUACAGAUACAGACUUUUCUUAAGUAUGAUAAAAGUAGUCUCCUCUUUAGCAGCAUGAGACUAAUAAAGACUUUCAUUGUUUUCUUUACCUCUGGGAAAGUUAAUUUCACAUUAAAAUGUGAUGGGUGAAA